CAAAUUCUGUUCGACCAAUUACAGUCUUUAUAACGUCCUCACCAAAACUACAUCAGAGGCUUAGGUAAACGGCAUCAUAGCUCCUCCAGAAGCUACACAGAACCAAAAAACAGUGUUUCGUCUUGCACGUUUCUCUGCUACAAUCAAUUUAUUUAAUUCUGUAACAGCAUACAUUGCAAGCAGCUGCAUCAUUUUAGAUCAUAUAGCAAAUUCCAGUGGAAAAAAAUGACUGAAGCAGAGAAGCAUAGCACGAAGCCCGCAAGGCAAGCGAACGGAGACGUGGUUGCAGAAACGUCGGCGGUAGAAGAUGUUUUUGACGACACUUACAAGGAGAAAGAAGGCCCGAAGCCACCAUUAAAAAUAGUUUGGAAAAAUGUUAUCUUGAUGAGUGGAUUGCACAUAGCCGCCUUGUACGGCUUUAUCAUUAUUCCAUCCGCUUCUAUUUUGACCUUGGUGUGGUCUGUGUUUUGCUUUUUGGUAAGUGCUUUAGGAGUAACGGCGGGAGCGCACAGGCUUUGGAGUCACAGGUCCUACAAAGCCUCGUUACCUCUUCGAAUCUUCCUUGCCAUUGCCAAUUCCAUGGCCUUUCAGAAUGAUAUAUUUGAGUGGGCCCGAGACCACAGAGUUCACCAUAAGUACUCUGAGACCGAUGCAGAUCCGCACAACGCCGUGCGAGGUUUCUUCUUCUCUCACAUCGGUUGGCUCCUCGUGCGCAAGCACCCUGAUGUCAUUGAGAAGGGUCGCAAGCUGGAGCUCUCUGACUUGAAGGCAGACAAAGUUGUCAUGUUUCAAAGAAAGUAUUACAAACCUUCUGUGCUCGUCAUGUGCUUCUUCAUCCCCAUGUGGGUGCCGUGGUACUUCUGGGGAGAGUCUCUCUGGGUGGGCUACUUCAUCCCAGCCCUGCUCAGGUACACCCUGGUGCUGAACGCCACCUGGCUGGUGAACAGCGCUGCUCACAUGUGGGGCAACAGGCCGUACGACCAAAACAUCAACCCCAGGGAGAACAAGUUUGUCACCUUCAGUGCCAUAGGAGAGGGGUUUCACAACUACCACCACACCUUCCCCUACGACUAUGCGACGAGCGAGUUCGGCUGGAAGUUGAACCUUACCACCUGUUUCAUCGACUUCAUGUGCUUCCUGGGUCUGGCGAGGGACUGCAAGAGGGUGUCUCGGGAGCUAGUGUUGGCUCGAGCCCAGCGCACAGGGGAUGGAAGCCACAGAACUGGUUAAGAGGUUCCCUUCUUCUGAAACAUUAGAGAAUCCGACAUCAGAAAACGAAUAAAGUGAAAACAUUCACCACAUAUUUUUUUUUUGUGGGGAGGGGGGAUGCUUCUCUCUCGUGUAAGCUACAAUUAUGGCUUCACACCCCUUUGUGAGGUAAACUCUUCCAGCGCUCCUGAUAUACAUUAUUAGCUUUAAAAGGGCCUGGACAGCUUUUUUUUUUAUUUAACGUUCUCCUUAAAUGCAGCAACAGAACUUGUUCGAGGUGGUUAAACAUAUCCACCAUUAGCCGAAGCUCCCAGCAUUACCACUGGGCUGAGAUCCAGUCCCUGUAUGUGGUGACAGGAGCAGAAUCUCUAGAGCUGGCACUAAAGACAGGUUAAACUAUUGCAUAGUCCUUGGAUAUUGCAUGGGCAAAGAACCAAGUCUCUAAAGGUGCACUCAAACCUAAAUGGAGAAAUUUAACUUGAUAAGUAAGUAUGAAACUAUUUAUUAAACUGCUGUGGCACCUUGAAACUUUACAAUGUGCUGUGAAACAGUUGUUUCUGUCUUUAGCUUUAUUUUAAUGUAGUUCACAUACAGCUAAACAUUGAUGAGAGCUGAUUUUUUUAUUAUUUGUUUAGGCAUGAUAUUAAAAUAAAAAAUGUCUGGAAUUUCAACAGUCCUCUCCUGCCAAGAGCACUAAAUGUAUAGUUUAAUAUUGGGAAAGUCCAUUUCAAAUUGAUAGAUUGAAUGUUAGAAUGCCUUUAGUCUGUUACUUGCUGUAAACUCUGACAACCACAGAUGACAGCAAAGUGUUUACAGCAGAGGAUUAACUCUUCAACCACCAGUAUUGUUUUAUAGAUGGCCUUAUGAGGGACAUAAUAAUAAUAAUUAUGAAGUGUAAUGAUGAGGAGUAGAUAAAUAUAUAAAUAAAUAAAUGCAGCAUCAAAAUGGGGUGAAGCAACAAGUAGGGACUUAUUUCAGAUAGGGAAGGGAUAUUUCUGUAAUGUAAGAUAACAAGGAUAUAGCUCAACCCCAGCAGACAGUUUCAUUAGAUUAUGUCAAAGUUAUGUGUGGACUUGACAGCCAUGCAGUUGACAAUUAUUGUGGGUCUCUUGAAUACAGAGGCCCAUAUCUUAAUUGUAAUAAGUAAACUAUUAGAUGAAACCAUAUUAUGGUUUGCUUCAUUAGUGGUAUGAGGAACACAGUAAUAUUAGGAGUCAGAAAAUGUAAUUUUGUUAUUAGUGCAUUAUAAAAGUACAAUUUUAGCACAUUCAAGAAUAAGAAGAAGAAAAACAUCUUAUUGAAGAAUAAGUUUGCCGACAUGUUUGUUUAGGUUGAAAAACUGUUUCAGCUGGGUUUUUAUCAUCUUGCAAUUACACAAGCUGCAUACAUAAUCUUAAAUUAAUGUGUGUGGCUAAAUGAACUAAUUAUACAUUUAAAAUAAAUUUAGUUGAAGUAAGGAAGCUGAAACUGAAAUUCACAACCAAGACAAACUGAAAAGUGAUCGAAAUAGUUGAAUAUAUGCAGACUUAAUGGCUUUAAGUCUGAAUACAACAUCUAACCAAUCAGUAUGUCCAUAAAUAUCCAAAUAUCCUCAGAAUGUGCCAUCUGCUGAGAUGAAGGUUUGUGAAAUUAAUAGGGUGUUACAUAUUGGAAAGUUGUUGAUGCUAUGGGUGUUUAUGUGAUCACCCUUAGUGUGGUGUUGAAUCACAGUUUCACAUCACCCUCACAUUUAAAGUCAGCAGCGUGACGUUUCGGUCUAUCGCUCAGUGUUCUUUAAAUAUGCCAAGCUUCAUGCAAAUUAAUCAUUCUGUUAAUAAUAUCUGGUCAUGCAUGUAAAUUAAACAUGGCUUUACCGCUGUCCUCGAGCCCACCCCUCAGCACACACACAUUUUUGCCAUAAUAUCUCGAACACGACAUGAAUAUCUAUACCAGUUUGACAUGACAUACCAUUUUUGGCUCAAAAACAGUUAUAAUUUUCACAGUGUGCCAAUGUAGGGGCAGUAUGAACACAGCCACACUGGAGUACCACCAUAAGACAUUGCCGAGAUCCGCUUUAUUGAGUUCAGCUUCUACAGGCUGUUUUCUGAAACCGCAGAGUAAUAAAGAGAAUGAUAAUAAGAAUAAUCAUACUCUUGUCAUUGCGUGGCCUUCUAACAGUCAAGCCCUAAAUUCUACACUUUACAGCUAUUAUAAGAUAGUUAUUCUGCAUGCAGUCAAAUACAGCAGCAAUCUUACUGUUUUGGUGCUCUUUGUGAUUCCUUUUCUUCAGAAUACAUUAAGUGUUUUAUUUUAUUAAUGGAAAGAUUUUACCUCUUUGGAUGUAUGGCGUGCCUGUUAAACAAAGUGUCUGUGGAAGCCUGGCGAUCAUGUUGUUUUCAGCUUAUAGGGUUCCAGUUUUCUUAAAUACGGUGUUAAAAGAUACUGCUUGGUGUCCAGUUACGCAAAUGAGGGUUUAUACAUAUAUAUACCUUUUUUUGCAGUUGCAGUUACUAAGAAAAUGUUUUAGGGAAAUGGUAAAAAAAGAAGGUCUAUCAUUUGUUCUACCAUCUACCAAAGUUGGUUCUACCAUUUGGCCCUUUGUCCUUUGUUAACACUCUCCAUUGUUCAAGUGAUCAAAGUGGUUAAGAAAUAAGAGUACUUUCGUAUUGUUUCUAGAUAUCUAAACAAAAUGAGUCAGGAAACAGUGCCCGAUGCCUUAUGACUUGAAUUCAUUCCGUAUCCUGUUUUCACCAUCCCAUCGAUGUUGUGAGACAGUUACUGGUGGAAGUGAAAGCCAAAUGCAUGUUCAUAAGCAAACUGGAGAACUGGAAUUAGCAGUACGUUCUUGAAUCAGAAGAGGAGUACUUCCUUGGACAAGGGCCAAUCGUUUAAAAAUUCAGAGAUGUGCAGACCUUGGAAAUUUAACAAGGUUUGGCAUUUUUGCCUGAAACAUUGACAUAAAAAGGUGCUUUAUCUUGACUGUCUUAAACUGCAGGUGACAGCUACCUUUAGCACUUACUAAAUUCCAAAAUGGCCACAUAACAUAGGUAAUUCCCUCAUGAUAUUGAGUAAUUUAAAAUAAAUAUUAAUACUCUGUUAUGUGGAGGGAAUUAAAACGAGUUAUAAUUCCUAGCAUGUUAUGAUGUGUGUACUGUAGUUCUGAAGUAAAAUGCAAAAGUCUUUUGAACUAAACAAACUUUUAAUUAAAUGAAUUACUGUUGCUCUACCUUUUGCAGUGCAUUUUUUCCAGUGUUGAAUUCUGAAUGCCUUAAGAAAACCUGAUUGGCACAUUUUGUGAGGAAUGUUGUAUGCACUGUAAAUUAAGCAUAUUUUCUACAAGGUGAGAAAGAUACUGUGUUUUUGUUCUUUUGUUAUAAU